AUGACUUUCCAACAGGAACUGAAUUCGUGGCUGUCUCCCAAGGCUCUCACGACCUAUCCCGUUCCUGAGGUGGGCGAAAGAGCACCAACGUCUGCUAUUCUUGAGACACCACGUCCCAAUGGGAAACCAACGAUAAUUUCUUUUCUGCGCCAUUGCGGCUGUCCCUUUGCGGAAAAGACCUUCCACCAGCUACGAAAUCUCGCGAGUAAACAUCCCGAAAUCAACUUCCUAGCGGUAUCUCAUUCAGACCAAGAAGCAACGGAUAAAUGGGUCAUAUCAAUUGGCGGGCAAUGGGACGUACAAGUCAUCGUUGAUGCCGAUCGGGAAGCGUAUGCACAAUGGGGGCUCCCAGUGUCCAGUGCAUGGCACGUUCUAAAUCCAUGGUCGAUGUACUCUGUCUAUCGACUUGGGAAGCAGGAAAACCUAUGGAAUAAGCCUACGGAGAGUGGAAAUCGAUGGCAAACGUCUGGGAGCUUUGCCAUCGAUGAACUCGGAGUCGUGAAGUGGACUAGAGUUGCACAAGCUGCUGACGACAUUCCGGAUUUUAAAGAUGCUCUCGAAUCUCUAGGUGCCGGCAAGUGA